UUCAGGGAUACUUUGAUUAUUGUCAUACAUUCUAAAUACUGUUGCUGGGCAAGAUCUGUGGUUCUUUGGUCAGCAAGUUCUGGCAAUGACACCACUGCCGCUGGUGCAAAGAAUUCUGGGAUGCCUGACAGUGAAAUGGAUGGAAGGACCCACAUUCCAACUCUACUUAAUGUCCUUUUGUCCAGAAAUCGGGUCAUGCAAAUGAGCUACUUGAAAAGUAAAGAAAAAGGAUAUGGAAAACUAAGCAGUGAUGAAGACCUCGAAAUAAUUGUUGAUCAAAAGCAGGGAAAAGGCUCUAGGGCGGCAGAUAAGGCUGUUGCCAUGGUGAUGAAGGAGAUACCGAGGGAGGAGUCUGCUGAAGAAAAGCCCCUCCUUACUAUGACAUCACAGCUGGUGAAUGAACAGCAAGAAAGCAGACCCCUCUUGAGUCCCUCCAUCGAUGACUUUCUUUGUGAAACCAAAUCGGAGGCAAUAGCAAGGCCAGUAACGUCCAACACAGCCGUAUUGACCACAGGCUUAGAUCUCCUUGACCUGAGUGAACCCGUCUCUCAAACCCAAACCAAAGCCAAGAAGUUGGAGGCCUCAUCGAAAACCUCAUCCCUCAAGAAAAAGGCUGAUGGAUCUGAACUCAUCAGUGCGGAUGCUGAGCAGAGAGGCCAGCCUCUCCGAGGCCCAGAGACUUCAUCCUUAGAUUUAGACAUUCAAACACAACUGGAAAAAUGGGAUGAUGUUAAGUUUCAUGGAGAUCGAAAUAGCAAGGGGCAUCCAAUGGCAGAAAGAAAAUCAUGCUCUUCUAGAACUGGAUCAAAGGAACUCUUAUGGUCCUCAGAACACAGAUCUCAACCAGAACUAAGUGGUGGGAAAAGCGCCCUGAACUCUGAGUCGGCUUCAGAAUUGGAAUUAGUGCCUCCAACACAGGCUCGAUUGACCAAAGAACAGCGCUGGGGAAGUGCAUUACUUUCCAGAAACCACUCCUUAGAAGAAGAAUUUGAAAGGGCAAAAGCAGCAGUGGAGUCAGAUACAGAGUUUUGGGAUAAGAUGCAAGCAGAAUGGGAAGAAAUGGCCCGGAGGAAUUGGAUAUCCGAGAACCAAGAAGCCCAGAACCAAGUUACAAUCUCAGCUAGUGAGAAGGGAUAUUACUUUCACACCGAAAAUCCCUUUAAGGACUGGCCGGGAGCAUUUGAAGAGGGCUUAAAAAGACUGAAGGAGGGGGACCUGCCCGUCACCAUACUGUUCAUGGAGGCGGCAAUUCUUCAGGACCCUGGAGAUGCAGAGGCAUGGCAGUUCCUCGGGAUAACCCAGGCAGAGAAUGAAAAUGAACAAGCAGCUAUUGUCGCCCUCCAGAGGUGCUUAGAAUUACAGCCCAACAACUUGAAAGCUUUGAUGGCUUUGGCUGUAAGUUACACUAACACUGGCCAUCAGCAGGAUGCCUGCGAAGCUCUAAAAAACUGGAUUAAGCAAAAUCCAAAGUACAAAUACCUUGUGAAGAGCAAGAAAGGAUCUCCAGGCCUUACCCGGAGGAUGUCCAAGUCUCCAGUUGAUAGCUCUGUUUUGGAAGGAGUUAAGGAAUUAUAUCUGGAAGCUGCCCACCAAAAUGGAGAUAUGAUUGACCCAGACCUACAGACAGGUCUGGGGGUACUGUUCCACCUGAGCGGAGAAUUUAACAGAGCAAUAGAUGCAUUUAACGCUGCCUUAACUGUUCGGCCAGAGGACUAUUCAUUAUGGAACCGUCUCGGGGCAACCUUGGCGAAUGGAGACCGCAGUGAGGAAGCUGUGGAGGCCUACACACGAGCACUGGAGAUUCAGCCAGGCUUCAUCCGAUCCAGAUACAAUCUGGGAAUAAGCUGCAUCAAUCUGGGCGCCUACAGAGAAGCGGUCAGCAAUUUUCUCACUGCCCUCAGUUUGCAAAGAAAAAGCAGGAAUCAACAGCAAGUUCCUCAUCCUGCAAUCUCUGGGAAUAUCUGGGCUGCCCUCAGAAUCGCACUUUCUCUGAUGGACCAACCAGAACUCUUCCAGGCGGCUAAUCUCGGUGACCUGGAUGUCCUCCUAAGAGCUUUCAACUUGGAUCCUUGAAGGAAAAAAAAAAAAAAAAAAAUUAAAAAUGAUAAAUCCUUAUCUGUGUAAUUGUACUAAGAAAUGCAAAACUAUUUUAUUAUGAAUUCCAAAAAGGAUAAAACCAGAUGUCCAAAAGGCCAUGGUGAUAUGACACAAGGGAACUCCUACAGACGAUGCCCAGUCUCUGUUCAGAUUCAAAAGCACAAAAUGUUGUACAUAGAGUCAAGGUUGGGCUCAGAAGAAUAACUGAGAGACACAAAGACAAACCAAGAUAAAGUAACUGUGUGUGAAUACUCUUCACAAGCUGCAAGCAUAUUCAAAACACGUCCUUUGGGGUUUUUGUCCUCACUUUUGCAGCUGAUGACACACCUAAGGAACUUGCUCAUAGGACACCUGGAGAAAGCACUGCCUCUGAUCAGGGAAUUCUGACUGUUUCUGAACUACCCCCUGCAAUUCCCCCUUUUACAACAUAGUUUGGGCCAAGGUGCAUGCACAUAUAUUAACCCUUGACUAAAGAGAGGCAUUGCUUAGACCUGUUCCGAUUUUAACUUUUACUGUAGCCCUUCGACUCCAGAGAGGGAGCUUUGCUGGCAAAAGCAGUUUUUGCACUAGAAAUUUUUGCUGUUCCCAAUCAAAACUUUUCUGGGACUGUAUAUACGCACUUUAAUAUCUUAUUUAUGCCUUGCUGGAGUUUUGUUCCGUUGCUCCAAUUUUUAACUUAGGGGUGAAAGAUUCAAGAACUCGGCCUUGUUAGAUCAAUGGACCAAAUAAAAAUUCCUGAAAAUAGUUUUUCAUAGUGUAGAGUUUUGAAGGAGUUUUUCUCAAAGCAGAUAGGACACAGGGUGUAAAUAUGUCAAACACAGAUCUUAUUCACAUGCUUUCUGGGACCGUAUGAACUUAAGCAAGAGACAUUGUACUGUCCCUU